CGGACCCCUGGUUGGGAACCACUGACAUAGGGGAUCCGGGCACAGACCCCCCCCACCCCUGAAAGGCCCAUGGAUUCAGUUCAGAGAAGUGGGGAGGGAGCUCACUGACCCCCCACUCCCUCCUGCCCCUUCCCCCCCUUUACCCGCAGCUCCCUCCACACACGGUGAGAACCGAGUUGCUGGGGUCUCUGCACAAGCUCCUGCCGGGCUAGGGCCUGUCACUCUUGGGCGAAGGCUUCCUUUCGUUCACACCUCCCCAGGGGUGCCCCCUCACCAGCAGAGAGGCUGGGGGCUGAACGGGCCAUGGGGCCUGCCCCCCUGCCUCAGCCCUCGGGGUGGGGGUUUCCCCGCAGGGUGAUAUGAGGACAGGCUGUUCCCGUCCAGGCAGACCCAGCAGCCCUCCAGCUAUACUAAAGCCAAGGAUGCAGUUAAAGAGAAGACCUGGGGGCUGGGAGGGAAUAGAUGACGGCUGGAGCCAUGAACAAGCGCGUGUCCUCGGAGUGCCUUGUGCGGUGUGUUUGUACAGAGCCUGGCGCGGGGGACGCCGAGCCGGACGCCCUUUGCAUUCCCCCAAACAGCCACUCGAGGCCACUGUGGCUCCAUUCCCUGGUAGCUGCAUGGCAUUAGGGGAGCAGGCAGGGGCAGAGCUGGGGCGGCUGGCGGGGGGCACUGGAAGCUCUUUGACUUUGCUCCUUGCGGCAGGAGCAGCAGCCGGCAUGAAUCCCUGCAGCAGAAGAAGGGCAGGCGAUGAUCCCGGCCUCGCCCCCUCUGCCCCCCAGCUGACAGCAUCGCAGCCGGGACACCACGGUGCCGGGCAGAGACCCGCCCGAGUCAAGCGCCGCAAAACCAAACGGGAGCGCAACUCUGCCAAGUUCGGCAGGAACGCUGCGGGCGGGCCUGGCUGCAGGAUGCUUCAGAGGAUGCCAGCCCCGGGCUGGAGCUCGCACUGUGCCGGCCACGCCAAGUCCACCCCUCUACCAGCCAUCCAAAGGGUCUCUGGCUCCAGGCCAGUCAUCAUAACCCAGCACAGGCUCAGCCAGCAUCUGGGCAUGUUUAACAGGGAGGUGAAAUCAGCCGACAUCGAGAGGCUGCUGGAUCCCCGAAGCGAGCGAGAGACGGAGACGGAGACAAGUGCUGCGCUCCCUGGCGCAAUCAGCCAGGCUUGGGACCCCUGCGCCCCUGGCCAGACAUGCGCUCCAGACAGACAGCAUGGGACCAGCACGCCUGCACCCCACGCAGCGGGCCAAGGGCCCCAGCCUACAGCCGCGCCCGCUGCCAGGGAGCUGGGCCCAACUCACUCUGAAACCGCAGCGGUGGAGACAGGCGAGUCCCAGGCCGAGCGCCCAGCUCCCCUGGACGAGAAGGAGAACGUCCCCCCGAGUGGGGCUGAGCCAGGCGGUGCCACGGCUGCCAUGAGGGAGCUGGCCCAGGAACUCCAAACCCAUCUCGACCUGACGUCGAUGUUCCCAGGGCGCAACCUGAUCAGCGAAAGGCGCCAGACAAUACUCAGCACCCUGCUGGACCGGCACCAAACCCUGCCCGACCUCUCUGCCCUAAUGGUGCAUAACAAGCCGUGCGGUGGCUCUGCCCAGGGAGCUCUCAGGAGCCCAGGUGCCAGGGGGCAGGAGCUGCUGUGGGAUACGGGAUCGAGUGGCAGCGGGAACUCUGAACAGGGCAUUUCGGGGAAGAGGAGAAGGGGGCAGGACGUGCAGGCCUUCAGGUGCGCCAGCCCUACGCACACGGUCAUGAAAACGGGGGAGAGGAGAGCGACCCGAAGGGAGGACCUGGAAUCCCUUGGCGCACGCGAGCCAUUUGGCCGGCACAGCCUGCACCCCACAGCAGCUCCGUCUGACCACGCACUCUUGUCCGGCUCUGCCCUACACACAGGCACCAUAGCCACCUUCGCCCCGGAAGCACCAGGCCCCCUGCCCAGAGCCGCUCAAUGCUGCAGGAGAUCCUGGGAAGCCAUCUGGGAGCCCAGGACCGGGCUAGAGAGAGCCAGCAUGGCCGUUAGGCCGGCCCAAAAGGAGCAUGGCUCCGAGGGACACGGUCAGGGGCACUGGAUGCCAUUCGCAGCUGGGGAUUCGGGGCGGAGCUCGGGUCUGGCCAGCAGGAGCCCUGCGCGGUGCCCCUUGGCGGAGCCCCCCCAGUACCCCUGUGCCCACUGGCUGAGCCCAGAGCUGUGGCAGGUGCUGCAGACCCAGACCCAGACCCAGACCCAGAGCAAGCGGCCCCCACCGGAGCUACACGCUUCCCAGAGCACAGCGAGAGCCGGCCCGGAGACGCAGCCCUCCUGCGAUGUGCUGAGAAGCAUCUGGAGCCCCAGCCAGGCAGCAGAGGUCCUGGCCCCCCGGGCGCUGGCGUGGCCUCGGCCGGGGCACAGGGCUGUCUCCUGGGAGCUGUGCUCAGAGCCAGCGCCCCUCCCGCAGGCCUGCUGGCAGCACAGGCAGGGGCCUCGCCUGGAACCGCUCCUGCCCCCCCGCGAGGCUCGGCAGCCCAGGCUGCUGUCGGUGCUGGGCAGGCCCGGAGACCACGGCCAGAAGCCGGCAUCCGUGGAGCCCGUGAGAGCCCCCACCUUCUACCAGCCCUGGGACUCCGGAGCCAGGGGGGAAGGCUGCCCCCGUGCUGGGGGGUGGGGGAGCAGGUUCCCCCUGGGGGGGGCCCAGCAGCUCUGCGCGCUCCAGCAGCUGCCCAUGUCCUUCUUCCCCCCGUCGGAGGCGCUGGAGCGCGGCCGCUCGCCGCCACCCACGCUGCACGGCUACCGGCUGGAGGAGGGCAGCCCGGAGGCCUGGGUCUUCCCCCGCAUGAAGCUGUACUGACGGGGGGGUGAAGGGCUUUGGGAGCCUGGCACCCCUGGCUAGAUUGGGGCGCUCGCUGCCCCCUCCGGCCCCUCGGAGCCCCGUGCGGCGUCAGUCACAGCCCCGCUCUGUCCCCUGGGGUCCCUCAGGCCACCUCCCCAGCAGGGCCCCCCGAGCCGAGCCCAUGUUCAGAGGCUCCUCAAUAAAGCCAGUUGUCAAUGA